UUUAGGUCAUUUUGUUGUUUAUUUUUGCGUUCAAAUCGCAUAAAUUUUAAAAAUUGUGAUACAAAACUUAGUAUUGAAGUACCCAUUGUAUAGAUUGUAUUGGAUAUGUUGCAUUUGAAAAAUAAAACCUACAAAGGUCUUCAUCAAAGUUAAAGUAGAAAUAAACAUGUAUAAGUAUUAAUCAUGCAUUAUGACGUAAAAUUCUGUUCAUCAAGUCAAGUUAUUUAGAAUCUACUCAACCAAGAAUAAAAAAAGAAACAGUUUAUCCUUACACACAACUGCGUUCGAAUAAUCAAUUGCAUAAGUUCUUAUAACGUAAACGACACCUUCAUUGCUUUGUUCUGUCCACAAGGAUACACUCUAACAAAGAUGCUCUACACGAAAUUACGUAAAUUGAACUUUUAAAAUCUAGCACAUCGAACAUGGUUAAUGAUGAUCUACUUGUAAUUUUUUUACAAUAUAACUUGAAUAUCAAAAAGCUCAGCUAGUACAGAACCAAAAGUUAACCAACAACUCGGUAUUAUUUGUGUAUAUGCGAAGUCUACGUUAAGAAAUUCGUCGAACUCGGAGUGCUUGUGAGUUGUCAGGAAACAACUAGAUCCUACUGAUUAUCCGUCUCAAAUAGACUCUUUCUACGAGCUCAGCAAGAUGAUAACAGGUACGGGCGUGGGCAUGGCUCCUGGUAUGUUACGGGCUAGACGUCGUGAUAUUAGUAUCAAACCAAAUCGUAAGCUCGAUAAAAAAUCGUCAAGAUGCAUGAUAUAUGAAAAUGAAGAAUUGAGACUCAGGACCAUUCACUUUAAUGCUGAAGUUGAACGAGGCCAGAGUGACAUCAAGAAACUUCGAAAAGAAAACGAACUGCUAAAAAAAGAAAUAUGGAAUUUACGUGAUGAAUAUUGCAAACUCGAAGACCUGUUGAAGAAGCAGCAAAAUAUUCGAGAGCAUAGCGAAGAAUUAGAGAAUUGCUCAGAAAAUGAAGACGGUGAUGAAUACUCUGAUGAAUAUGAAGAUGACGAAGAAGGUGAUGAGAGCGAAGAAGAAGCAUCUGAAUCAGAUGAGUUGGAGGAGGGUAAAAUAAAAGAAGAAUCUGUUGAAAAUGCUGAAAAUCAAAAAAUAUCAACGGAAGUGCUGGGAAACAAUGUUACGUCAAGUACCGUCCGAGCUAGACCAAAUUUUGAUAAUCUCCCUUCGGUAAAUGAAGAAGACGAAUCAACGAUUGUUGAGGACAAAGUAGUCAAUGCGGACCCGCGCGAACAGCGAAGUAUAUCUACCGCACAACCAGCAUCAAUAUCAUCGGCAACAAUGACCCAAAGCAAAAACUUUCCUUACUAUACAACGUCUUUCGAUCAAGCCGUUCCACUGACUACUACUAGUUUUGGUUAUCAAAGCGAUUGUCCGUUUAUAUUUCCAACUUUAGGAGACGCACGAGGCUACUCAAACAUCAUAGCUGCCGAUAGAAACUGCCUCCCUAUGACUUGCCCACAAACGUUCUCUGAUGGUACUAGCUUCUCAAUAAAUCCGCAAACUAUUCUAGCAACUGCAUCUCAGCUGGAAUCAAAUGUCGAAAUAAGCUCGCAGAGUUCGGCUUUUCCAUCUGUCGUGUCUACUGCUACCCCACCCAUUGGCUGGCAAAGUAACGCGAACAGAGAAAAUCCAAUAACAUUACCUAACUUUUCGUUGCUGACAAAUACGACUGAAGAUAUGAGCUUAAAUGCAAAAAAUGAAAUACUACUUCGUUCCAAUCUACAUUCAAAUUUUGAUGACACCGAAAAAAAAAUUUCCUAUGACAGUAACAUAAGCAACCCAGCUCAGAAUUUAAUCAAUUUUACAUCAAGCUCUUCAAGCAUUGUUCAGAAUUCAAAUCUUGCAAUAGAUAUAAACAACAUGCAAUUGAUUGAUAAAAAACCACCAACAGCUGUUAGACCAAAACAAUUAUUUUCACCAUUGGCAACCAAAUGGAAAUUACCUAAAAAGCAUAAUUAUAGUACGGAUAGCUUUGAUGAUGUACUGAAAAUAGAACAAGGUGAUGCUAAACCCUUUUUUAGUUCAGAAAAUGUAUCGACAACAAAGGAUAAAUUAACAAUUUCACCGGAACAUAGAACAAGACUCACUAAGUCUAAAUCGUGUGAUUUAUUUAAAUCAUAUACUCCAUUCUGUGAAAAUGUGGACUUUUCGAAAAAUAAACGCUGUAAAAGUGAUUCAAUACUACACAAUAUUUUCCGUAAAUUGAAAACUAAAAGUUUAAAUCGAAUAGAUCGAUCCGUAAAAGAAUCUAAAUCAUCAAGCCCGAAUACGCCAGAUGUAAAACUACCUUUGAUUGAUUACAAAUUUUUAAACAAUCCAUUCCUUCAAAAUUUUGAGCAAGCUUAUCAGAAUUUUCCAUUACGCACAGGAGGUCAAAGCCCAAUUAUACAUCCGUUGUCAAUUCAAAUAAGUGAAAGUCCUGUACCAACAUCUGGUUACUCGAGUCCCGUCAGAAUGCAACCAAGUUUUACAGGUCCGAAUAUGGUUGAUCAAGAUUGUAAUGUUUGUAGGCGUAAAGGCUUGGAACCCUUAAGAUUGACAACAUCGCCAACUAAAAAUAUCGAUCGUAGUACAGAGUACCAAGUGACUUCGUUCGAAACUCCUAGCCCCCACACGAUGCGAAUUCCACCAUUAACACCCUAUGAAAUCGAUGCUCUUCGAAGAAUGCCAACAGGUACGAGUCCAUUACCCCAUAAUUCUAAGCUGUAUCAGAAUAUGCCUUUUGAACCCAGAGGUGCAGCCGUGUAUUAUCCCGGACAAGGCAUGAGAAUGUACUACGACACGGUAGGGAUGAAAGUUCCAGUGCAAACGCAAACUUCUCCAGACGAUCAGGUAUUAAUUCAAGUGGAUAUUGAACCAAAAACUCAAGAUACGAGUCAAGAAAACGCCAAGACGGAGCCAGAUCAGCCAAAAAAACGACGCUCAAGAAGAGAAAAAAGUGGUUCAAUCAAAGAAAAGAAAAGAUCGAUCAAACGCAAAGAAUCGUCGAAAAAGAGAUCUAGCUGCACGCCGGAAUCUUCGAUCGGAAAGUCACGCAAUUUCGAGGGUCAAGAUGACAAGCGAGAAAGUAGAUCAUCUUCGUCUGGUCAAGAGUCGCCGAAAAAGGAACACACUAAGAGGGUAUCUCUGUAUGUUAGUACGAAGAAACGCCCGUCUCUGAGUUCGAGAACUUCGCGAAGCUAUAGCGUUGAAAAUGAGAGGGAGCGAAGUCUUGCAAUGAGGGACGAAACGUUCGACGGUAACGCAAUGAAUUCAGAAAUAAGAAAGAUAAAUUCGAUCAGUAAUCGAGAGUCGACUUCUGGGGAAAAAGCUCGCAGAGGGAGUACGACCAGUGGUAAUGUGCCAUGGUGCGCAUGUUGGGGAAAUGGAUGUUGUUAGUGACUUUGUAAAUUAGUGUUGUGUGACAUUUAAAAAAAUUGUUUUUAACUGUUAGUUUAUUAUAUUUAUUUAUUUUUUAAUUACAUGCAUGAGUAUUUUUG